GGCAUUCCGAACGGCACCCCUGGCACCUGUCCUGUUGUGGAGAGUGCAUUUUCUUGUGGCAGCUGCGUUGAGGACCCCAAUGGCGCCAGGACGCAGUUUGGAACGAGGUUCCAGCAGCAGCCGCUCUGCGUCGGAUGAGGAGCAACCACUGGUGACAGUGGUGCGCGCUGAACUUGUGCGUGGGCAUCGACCAGUGGUCGUUUCAGAGGUGCCCGUGUACAUUGGACUCAAAGACAAGGACGGCAGACAAUUUGAGGAUAAGGGGAACUGCCCGAACGUCCGGUACCGAUGGCUCCGUGGGCCAGUGGUGAAGCCUUGCUACUACCACCCCCACAAGAUGUCACAAAUCAAAGAUGUGGCGAAGACACACCUGUGUUACUGCUCCAAGGAGUGCUUUCUCAAGGGCUACUACACCAUUCCGAAGGCGAUGUGGGGCACGAAGGACGAUGUGGACAAGCAGGAGCAGAUCGCUGAGUGGGUGGAGGUGGCCAACACUCGGUCGUACUGCCCUGGCAAAGAGGACAUUGAUCGGCCCCUCCGCCUGGAGAUCACUCCCUUGGUCAAGGGCGGCCGCGAUGCAACCACCGGCGGCAUGACCAUCACCACUGGGACUGUCAUCCCCACGCCCAAGGAGGCACGCUGUCGCCGCAUGGUCACCAACGGGCCCACUUUCAACGCAGAGUGGCUGAACAAGCAGUUCAAGGUGAUGAAUUGGAAUGUCUUGGCCGAUUUGUAUGCCACCGAGUCGGUCUAUCCUUACUGCGAGAAGUGGGCCCUGUCCUGGACUUGGCGGAAGCACCUCAUCAUGAAGGAGUUGAAGUCGAUGGCUGCGGACAUCAUCACGCUGCAGGAGGUGCAGAAGGACGCCUAUGACGAGUGGUUCAGGCCGCAGCUGGCAGAAGCUGGCUACGAGGGCGUUUUUCAGCAGAAGAAGAGGGAUCCGAUCUUUCAUCGGGGCAAGUACACCGCUGAAGGCUGUGCGACCUUCUACAAAGUCACUCGAUUCCGUCGCGUUGACAAGCAGGUGGUGGACUACGAUCGGGAGUCUGCCAUGGAGAUCCGUCAAAAUACCGGUUGGGACAUUGAGAACGACAAGAGCCUUCAGAGGCUGUCCAAAGGCAAUGUUGCCCUGGCCAUACUGCUGGAAGAUCUACAAAUCAAGGCAAGCCCCAACAGCGGGCAGGCCGGGCAGCAUGGAGGUCAUUGCUUGGUGGUGGUGAACACCCACAUCCUCUGCGAUCCCACCUCUUCGGACGUGAAGCUGUGGCAGUCGCACCUUCUGAUCCAGUGCCUGAAGCACCUGCAGUGGGACCACUGGCCUUUGCUGCUUGCUGGCGACUUCAAUUCAACUCCAGAUUCUGCUGUGUAUGAGUACCUGAACUGUGGCUCCAUAAGAGAAGACCACAAGGACCUGCAGCAUGAUCCGUCCGGGCUGCUGAGAAGGUUCAGCCGGCAGCUUCAACACCAGCUCUGCCUGGCCACCGCCUACGCCAUUUGCAACGGCCGCGAGGCGUCCUUCACCAACUACACCGAGGACUUCCAGGGCACGCUGGACUACAUUUGGUUUUCGCCCGAUGCGCUGUCGGUGCUGGCGAUCACGCAGGUGGACGAUGAAGCGGAGCUGAAGAAGGAGCAAGCCCUUCCUUCGAGCACUCGCCCAUCAGAUCACGUAUCGCUGGUGGCAACCUUCAUGUUCCACGAGCAUCCUGAGAGGAAGGUUCGACAUCAGCAUUCCAUGAACCACGCGUACCACCAUCUGACCGGGCUCACCGGGCCAGGAGCCUGGGGCGACUACUCGGGCCUGCCAAAUUGCUAGGUGCCACCCUUGCUUUGGCCCAGCGCCUCUGCACGCCGAGCCGUGCAAAAGGCGAGUACCUUAUGAGUAAUCUGAUUCUCAACCGCCGGAUAUGUCCUGUCCACAGCUUGCCCAAGUGAUACUUCCUUGGGCUGCUGGAGGCACGUCCUGCCUUGUUGGCCCCCAG